GCGAUGACGACCGAUAUAGCCGUGCGUGGGCACGACUACAGCGGUCGCAUUGAGGACUACGAUGAGUACGAUGAGAAUUCGUCGGCCAGAUUAUUUGAGAGAUCGCGUAUCAAAGCUUUAGCCGAUCUCAUUCUUGUUCUGUGUCGCUUCGCUUGA